AGAGUACCUGGGUGUUGAGUGAUUAAGUUAGUCAUUUUACCCUGACAUUCCACACAGAAAUCGUUAACACCAGCGGCUCUUUUUGGUAUUGGACUCUUCCACCAUUGACACACUAACAAUGUCCCAGUGAGACUUCAUGGUCACCACGGGCGAAUACCUCAGUGUGCGCAUGCUCGAAGGAGGCGCGCCGUCUUUCCGGCCUGGCCAGGCGGGCUUUAUCACGAGGCCGCUCUAAAAUGGCGGAGGGAGGUGACAGUGUGAGGGUGUGUCCACAUUUCUGAAAACUGUUUUAACUCCCCGGUUCCUAUACCAGUGGGUGCAGAUCCUGGAGUGGAGGCUCUUCCACUUGAUAAGUACAUCAUUGAUGCAUUAUUUACAGAAGAGAUGUUACAUGAUACAAAGAACAAUAUCCAAAUGGUUACUGAAGAUUCUGAAGUUUCCAAUGACCCAAAGCAACAAAAUGAAGACAAGCUUCUUGUCACAGAAAGAAUAUUACAUCAGGAAUGUAAACAUGUGAAGUCAGAAUUAGACCCUUCAAAUUUUGACAAGACUAACUGGAACCAGAAAGGAAUACCUGAAAGUUUCUUUGAACAAAUGAGGAUGAAUGGUGAAUGUGAAAGUAGCAUUAUGUGCCCAGAAUUGUCAGCUACGCAUAAGGAACGUCAGGAUUAUUUAGAGCUGAAAAUGGAAGAUGAUGGUGGCUGUUACGAAGUGUUGUAUGAACGGGCCAGAUUUACUAACAUGCUUCAGCGGCUGGAAGAUAUUAGGUUUUCAAUUGAAAAAGAUCGCAAUGGAAUUAGAAAGCAAAUACAUAAAGAAUUUGAGAAAAUUAACCAGUCUCUCCAAAACAGGAAAGAAAACUUGUUGAAUGAGUUAGAAUUCCUGGUACAACAACAUCUUAAAAGGAUUAUUAAACUCCAAAAUGUGCUGAAGGAGAAGAUUUAUGGCUUGGACUCUGCCAUAAAAAACUUAGAGCAGGCCAAAUCAAAAUGUCUCUCAACAUGUUGUAAUUCCCACCAGAUUAUUGAAAAUCUAAAAUGCUUAGAUCAAGUAAGUAACAUCGUGGAGACCCUAGAAUUGAGAACUGAUCUGAGGUGUACCAUUUAA